AUUGUCAAGGUAGAUAUACCACCGGCGUACCUCGAAAUGAUGCAGCGAGCUUGGUCAGAAAAACCGGAUCACAGGCCGACAUUCGACGAAAUGAACGAGCACUUGAAGCUCAUGACUCUAGGAAAGAAAACCAACAUAGUUGACCACAUGUUUAAGAUGAUGGAGAAGUAUUCGACCGACUUAGAGGAGCAAGUCAGCGCUCGAAUGGCAGAGUUCGAGUCAGAGAAGAAAAAAAAGGAGUUCCUCAUAGCUCGACUUCUUCCCCCUGUAGUGGCUGAAUCCCUGAAGUCUGGAAAGACGGUUGCGCCCGAAACCUUCGAAGAGGUGUCCAUCUACUUUAGCGAUAUUGUUGGAUUCACGACCAUCUCAGCUCUUUCAACUCCACUGCAAGUGGUUGGUCUGUUGAAUGACCUCUACACAAUGUUUGACGCAACCAUUGAUAACUACGACGUCUACAAAGUGGAAACCGUUGGGGACGCCUACAUGGUGGCCUCGGGGCUGCCCAUACGAAAUGGUAGUCGUCACGCAGGAGAAAUAGCCAUGAUGUCCUUGGAUUUGCUCAGUGGUUGUGGCACCUUCAAAAUUCGACACAUGCAGAACGUUCCACUUCGACUACGCAUUGGGCUGCAUACAGGUUUGAUAAAAUAUGAAUUCUUCAGCUUUGCAACUCACUGA